AUGGACCACGGUUUCCUACGCUCCACCAAAUUACUGUGCCCCGGCUUCUGUGGUCGCGUGUUGAUUAAUGCCACCGAAUAUUCGCAGUGUCAGGCGUGUCCGUGGGGUAGGUUUUGGUGUUGUGAAUGAGUACAAGUUGUAAUUUUAGCAAUUUUCACUGAGAUUUUGGGAUUUAAAAGCGUUUGAAAGUUGCAAACGGUGUUUUUUAUUAAAUUUUUCUGUAUUUUUAGGGAAAUUUUGAUUUUUUUGAUGUUUUAGAUUGGAGUUAGGUAUGAGAAAAAAUAAAAUUUGUUUUUAGUAUCAUAAAACUGCUUUACAAUAUCAAAAACUUUGUUUUUAAUACGGCAAAAGCAUGUUUUGGACCUUUGUUUUUGACCGGGAUAGAACCCAUGUAGUCUGGAACGAAAAGUCAAAUCAUUGUCACUGAACUAAAUUGGUACACUGUUGUAUAUUGACAUAGAUGUCAAGAAAAUUAACAGUAGUAUAAAACGAAGUAUUUUUAUGGGUUUUAAAAGUUUUUUUUUAAAACAAAAAUUUGAAUAAAAAAAAUUUUAAAAAUAUUUUGAAUUUUUGAAAUUCGGACUUUUUGAGGUAAAAUACGGAUUAACCCAAAAUUAUGGUAAUAAGUCAAAAAAACAAGACAUAAAAAAUGAAAAACAAAUUUUUUAAACACUAACACAUAAAAACGAAAAGUUUUUAAAAAAUUUAUAAUUUUUCAGGCACGCGCGCCCUGGACAGCUACGAAUGUCGCCCAUGCCAUAACCCGCUCACUUCCUACGACUACUCAUAUCUCGUCUUUCAUGUAAUCACCUCCUUCUUCAUCAACUCAAUUUUUAUUCGUUUAUACGCAAAAACCAUCCAGAAUCGCAGCAAAAGGUCCAGGGAAACGUGAGUUUUUGAGUGUUUUGGGUGGAAACGGCAAAAACUUUGUUUCCAGGGCAAAAACUUUAUUACUUUUGUGUACUAUUAUGUUUGGCUUAGCAUUUUCAUGUGUUUAGUCCAGCGUUUCAGUACCACUUCCUAUUUUUAGGCCAUUCUUCUGGCAACUAAUGCAAAUGCUCUGCGCAAUAACCGAGUCCACGUUAGCCUUGUUGUUAUCAUUCCUGGCGUUCGAACCACACGGCCAGCUCUCACUAAACGGCUGUCGCAAAGGCCGAAUAGCCGAGUGGUACUCGUUUUUGUACAAUCCGGUAGUCCACCGAGGACUAAUCAUCAAGUGCUCGUCUGAAGUGGUUUAUCCAUUGUAAGUUGGUUUGAGAGGGUUACUGUAACAUGGAAUUUGUUUUUUAAAAUUUUUUGGUUUUCUUGAGGAUUAUUGUAACAUAAAAUCAGUUUUUGUGAUCUUUGGAGGUUUACUGUAACAUAAGACCUUUUUUUUGAAAUUUUUCAUUUUUAAUUGGGUUACUGUAACAUCUUUGGAGGGUUACUGUAACAUAAAAUUUAAUUUAUAUGAAAAUAGACUAAAAUGUCAAUUUCCAGAAUAUCGUUGCCAUUCCUAAUACACCUCCUCAGCCUGCUGAACCUGUUUGUAUUCCGGUCGAUUCUGUACGGUGUAGCUCAACGAUGCCGUCGCUCAAUAUCACCAGCCCCGUUCUAUGCCCAACUAUGGACAUUACCGAUCAUGGGGCUGAUUAAUGGGGUAAUGGUAGGUUGUUUUAGCAAUUUUGAAGCUUAAAUUGGCUUGCGCAGCCUGCGGGGGACAUGUUAUACGAUGGAUGAAAGUUCUUGCCAUUUUUAGUUUUGUAAAGAAAGUUCUUGCAAUUUUUUGUUUUGUAAAUAAAGUUCUUGCUAUUUUAUGUUUUGUAGAGAAAGUUCUUGCUAUUUUAUGUUUUGUAAAGAAAGUUCUUGCUGUUUUUAGGUUUGUAAAGAAAGUUCUCGCCAUUUUUAGCUUUGUAAUGAAAGUUCUAGCCAUUUUUUCAUAGUUUACUUAAUUAACCUUUUCAGGCCGGUCUUCUCUACUACAGUUUCGCCCACAUUGUGGUGUUCAUGGCACUGGUUUCAAACGCCGUCCACCUGGCAUCAGAAGGCCGAAAAGGCGUCCUAGAACUCUUAAAAAUCAUUUUCACAUCAGCCGAGAGAAUACUAACGAUUGGCACGGAUAUGGGUUUAUUCGGUUUUGGCGUUUUCGCCCUAUAUUUCCAACUAAUGCCAACCAGCUGGCACGGAUGGGUCGCCUUUAUCUUGACUUUACCGUUGCCACUAGUGUUCUAUUGUCUUACAGUAAGAUUGACAGAGCCCAAAAAACCACGGAUAAAACAUUGA